AUGUCGGCGUUCGGGAAUCGUCGUCUUGAAAAUGAAGAUGAGGUUUUUGACAAAAAUGCGUGGGAUGAUUAUGAGUGGACGGAAGAGAUGGAAAAUGAGUGUCGAGCUCUGGUCGAUGUUGCGUCAGAAGUAACUAUGUCAGAUGAACAAAUAGGACCGCCAACGUUUGCUGGGAAAAAUAGCAAACUUCGUGUACUCGAAGUGGGAUGUGGUGCUGGAAACUCGGUAACCCCAAUACUUGAAAAUCGGUGGCGCGGUGUGGACGAGACCUUCGUGUACGCGUGCGACUUUUCUGAGAAGGCCGUGUCACUAGUCCAAAAUUCCCACUUAUACAAUACGGAAAACUGCCUUGCUUUUCGCCAAGAUAUUUCAAAGCCUGGUCUCACGUGGCCCUUCCCCCCUGAGAGCAUCGACGCCAUAUGCUGCAUAUUUGUCCUCUCAGCUAUCAACCCGGACAGGCAAGUCGCUUACCGCUAUUCUAUGAUUCCUUGUAGUUUCCCUCAAACCAUCAAAAAUCUUGCAUCUUGCUUGAGACCCGGUGGAAUAAUCUUCUUUAGAGACUAUGGACGCUAUGAUAUGACCCAAAUGCGUUUUAAGAAGGGGAGAUGUAUUGGAAGUAACUUCUACACCCGCGGUGACGGCACUUAUGAGGUCACAAAGUUAUUCACUGCUGAAGGUCUGGAAGAGUUAGAGGCCAAAACGGACAGAAGGCUACUCGUUAAUCGGCGACGACUUCUCAAAAUGUACAGGGUGUACAUUCAGGGAAAAUACCGGAAAUCUGUAAAAUAA